AUGGAUAAUCCGGCUUCAUAUUAUGGGAAACUUGAUAAAAAAAAUCCAGUGAUCUCAGCGUUUGAACGGGACAUUAACUCGUUUAUGACUCUGAUGAAACGAGUUGCCUCUUCAAGCAGCAAAGACAACAGCUCGUAUGUUAGAGGGAUUAAAUUCUUAGUGGAUAUAUGGGGAAAGUUCAAACAUCGACUGCCUUCGAAGAUGUAUGAGGAGCGUAUGUUUCAGGUUGCAGACUUUCUCUUUGGAAUAAAGUUAUACCAGUUAGCUCUUUGGCAGGGCUACAGUCACCACCUGCAACAGUUCAACUCAGUGACAAUAACUGACAUUACAAGUGUGGACCACUUCAUGGCCUGCUUCUUCCCUGAAGGUUUUGAUACAGACCAAGAUGUCUUCACCAUGAAGAUUCUUGCAAUGCAGGGUUGUGCCCUGUGUUUAUUUGAGCUGGAGAAAAGACACGGCGUUCUCAGGCAGGAUGGACUCAGUAGACUACUGCGUGUGCUGAACUUCAUCCGGAUCAUGAUGCAGGCUCUUCAGCAACAUGAGCACCUCUGCUGGCAUAUAUAUAAUGGUUCAAUACACAUUUACACCAUCUGUCGUUAUCUGAUGACCAUGAACUAUAGUUCACAGGCUCUGGAGUAUCUUCUGUGGGCAAGCAUCAGUUUAGAGCUGUCCGUCCCUCUGAUGACUGCUCAGUAUCUGUCAUGGAUUGUCACACUCUACAGUGCUGUGUGCCACUGUUACUAUGACAACCAGGCUGCAGUGCAGGCAGAGAAAUUUGCAAGGAGAGCCCUCGGAAAAAUCAAUGAGCUAGCAGAGUUCGAGGGGCAGAGUGAAGUUCCUGCCACCAGAGAGACUCAGAGAGCUUAUAAAGAAGCCUCAAUCAAGCUGGGUGCCAUGAUGUUCAAGCGGGCAGUGUAUGAGUCCAAAAGGAAACCCAAAUUUGGGGUCAAAGUCAAACCUAAAAGCAGCCUCAAAGACAUUCCUAAUGGGCCAUGGCCCCGAGAUCCAACAGAGCGCAUGCUAAUGGCCCAGUUUGACAGCGGCGCAGCACAGUUUUUGGGCAUCUUAGAAGCACUUUGGGACAGCACCACUCACCUGCUGCAAAAAAGGAUGCCAGAAGAACCAGAGCUGCAGGAAGUGAUUGUGGAACUUCUCUCUGCUGGCAUCAGUAUCUUAUCUGGAGUCGCAACAACUAAAGAGCAAAAGAGUGAUAGCCAACCACGUGGCUGCCUCAGUGCACUGACACCAACAUCCACUCUAAUGGAUUUAGCCAUUACAGGAGAAAAUAAAGUACCCGUCAUGUCUGCGGUGAGGUUUAUCAAGCUGUUAUUUCUGUACAAGCAGCCAGACGCAUUCACUGAACUUUCCAGAGAGAUGCUGCAGGUUUUGUCUGGUGUGGAAGGUGUGUCCUUCAGGAAAGCAGAGAUUGAGCUUGCUUUACUUGACGGUUUCAACAGUCUGAUGUCUUCCCAGAGGAGCCGUCCCAAAGACAGCAACAUGAUUGAUGACAGACACAAGGCUUCAUUGUCAAUGAGUGAUGAGUUUGUUUGCCUGGUAGACAUCCUGCACAAGUCGGCUUGUGGCUCUGCUCUGGAGGUGCAGCCAGAUGAGGACCUUGUUUUGGAUGUCAUGUUAUUUCUCUGGGGUAGAGUGAAGGUGGUGAUGCAGAGGGAUAUCAUUGAAAACCCAGAUUUAGCACGCUACCUUAAGAAGGUAGAUAAGGACAACAAGUGGCUGUGGUCUCUGUCUAGACUGUGUGAGGUGGCUUUUGUCCAUGACCUGGCAACUGUGGACUGCAUAACGAUGACCGAGAUGAUCCACACUUUGGUCAUAUUGCUGGAGAGUGCAGCUGAACGCAGUAAUAAAACACAACGUCCAGAAGCUCCUGAAGCAGUCUGCGGUGGUGUGAUGGCGUGCUCCUUCUCUCUGCCUGAGACUUCGAGUACAGAGUUGCUCCAGAAGGUGUGUGAGAUGGCGAGGAGAGGUCUUACAGCUCUAGCAAAGGGUAUAGCUACACUGCUGCCCCCAGACUCCUCAGCUAUCACAGACUCUGUCUUCAUGCAGAAAUGUUGUCCCCUCCCUCCAUUGUCUUCCCACCUAUCUUCUGCGACAUCGUCAGAAAAGGGAAACGAGGAUGAUGAAAUUAGCGAGAACGAAAAAGAGCAGAUGGAAACUAAGACAGAAUCAGAUAUUAAAGACUCUCGAGACAAUAGGUCCACGAGUGUGCUACUGCUGGCCAAAGACCUUCAUCAAAAGCUAGACAUCAUCUACCACAGAGCUUCCCUCAAGUUACUGCAGCUUAAUGCAGUUGCAGAGUCUGAACUGAUGGAUCGGAUCAAAAAGAACAAGGUGUCCAAAGCUCUUCUCCUGAUCCAGAAAGCCUUGCUACUGUACAACAGCAUGGAAAUAGAUAAGAGCAGAAAAACAAAGAAUCUUCUAGAGGAGGCCUCCUCCUUGAUAGAGAAGGCAGAAGUAGAGGAGAGAGGACUUUAUAUCUCCACCAUCGCUAAGACUCCAGCUGAAGAUUUAGACAAAGGAAUAAAUGAAGAAGAGGAAAACCCUCCUCCUCCCCCCAUCCUUCUCUCACGCACCGACCAUGCCUUAACCUUUGCCCCAGCACCUUAUAACUUGGAGGGACAAGUGUGCUGGUACGAGCUCUGCGGACUUGCAGCUGAUGGCAUUAACAGGAAAGUCCGCCUCAGAGACUGCUUCCUGCCAGGAACUGGAACUUUGGUACCAGCAGUAUCUGGUGAGUGCGUGCUGAGAGUGGAGGGGCUGGUGCCCAACCAGAAAUAUAUAUUUGCUGUUGCAGCCUACAACAGCCAGGGCAAGCUACUGGGCAACAGCAUUGGGCGGACAACAUUCCCACUGCUGGCAUCUAUGCCUGUUCCACUGCUUUCUACAUGGGCUCACCUGGCUCAGGUGGCAUUUCAAACAGAGCAGUAUACCAUAGCCAAGAGAGCCUGCAGGGAACUGUGGAGCCACUUCACCUUACCUGACCCUGGGUCCCACAGUUCACAUGAUAGCCUGGACACCACAAGGCUGUGUGAACAGACCCUUGAGCUCGCCUCGCCCCACCUGCGUAAGUUGUUCCUGAUUUCCAUCUUCAUUGAGACAGAGAUCAACAUUCAGCAGGGAUCGCUCUACUAUGGCUGUAACAAUGGACCGUUCAUCUGGGAACAGGAGGUCAGACUGGCAGAGUGUGAGCGAGUGCUGGUGGCGAUGGACUUGGCAAUGUAUCUGAAAGACGGACUUGCUGCCGUGCAAGCUGUAGUAAGCUGCUACGGCCUUUUGGCACCUCUAACCUUCCAUCAGAUUCCUUGCAAACCUGUCGUACAAGUGCUGAAAAAAUGCUUGACAGUUUUGGAGAAUUCAGAUCGUCUCAAGCAGAAAUGGACUGUAAACAUCUCACAGGCACUAAUGCACAUGAUCGCCUGCAUUACCUACUAUCUUUCAAAGGCGUGUCGUGCUCUCAGGGAGCCUCCGAUGGCCGGUUCCGUGAUGGACUGUGGUCGCAGGCUGCUCAAGGAGGUUUAUGAUGUCCAGCUGCAGAUCAGGAGAGCCACCAAUGAAGCUUGUGGAGAUCGUGCUACAAUCAAGCGUGAAACAAAGACAAGCCUUCAGUUAAAGGCACUGCAUGUGAAGAACAAGAAAAGAAUCCCAUCUCAAGCAGCUACCAGCACAGACAAUGAGAUUUCAAGCUCACUGACAAGCUCUGAGGAUCCCACCAUAUUGUACGAGGUGAUCUUCUAUGACCCAUUAAAAGAUGCCUAUGAGAAUGUGAUGAGGGUCAGACGCAAGGCGUACUUCCCUGAGUAUGCGGCGUUACUGCUCCAGAGAACCCUGACAGAAGGCUGCCCAGACCUUGUAUUAAAGUGGGGGCAGAGCAUAUUUGAAUACCUUUCCAGGCGUGACAAAGUGAUUUUGGAAGGUUUGGAAGGAAAUGGUCUCAAUAAAAGAGGAGAAAGUGUUCAGGAUCCAAAAGGAAAUGAACCAUCCCAGAACAAGAACACAACUAAAGAUGACACAAGAAAUAAAUUAAAGCAGAAAAAGCUACACAGCAUGUUUCAAAGAGUGAAAACUAACAGGGAGUUACAGGCUGUGGAGAACCUGCUAACAACAAUGUCAUCUGUGGUACAACGCCGCAAGAAGCAGCUUAAGCUGAGGAACCUGUACUGUGAGGAGAGAGUGUGGAAGUCACAUAUUAACUACAGCAUGGCAAAGGCACAUAUGGCUCUGUUUUAUCAGGGCCUGGAUCAGCUGCAUGGAAGCACCCUGCAACAAAGGUUCAGUCAGUUAAAUCCCCUGUAUUUCUCUCUGGCCUACGCUGGUGUCCUGGUGCGGAGGAACUCACAGCAACAACCGUCUACUGAAUAUGGGAUCGGCUCAGAGAGAGACUCAUCGCAUUCUGUUGUGCGGGUCCAUGGGGCUGCUCGCACGGACAAAGAUGAGGCUGUUAGAGUUGAUAAAAUUGCCAAAGAGGAGAAGUGUGAGAAGGAAGAGAACUCCUCUAAAACUGCAGAACAGCAGAUUGAGAUGAAAAGACGCACCGCUUCCAUGAUGCUGGGCUCAAUUAGCAAAGCUGCUUUACAUCUCAAAAGGGCCAUGGUGUUGGCGCAUCGUGGCAGCCACUGGACCACUCUGCAGCAUGUGUGUCACACUGUGUGGGACCAAAGUUGCAGAAUAGCUUCCCUAGCUCAGACAGCUUGGCACCUUGAACCUGACUCCCCUUUAACAGCAGCACAGCUGCACACCACCAUCAGCCAGCUACUGUCACUGGCUACUGACUUAAUCAUGGACAUGCUGAACAGCCUUGGGCUGUGGAGUUUGUAUGACAGUGACUUGACUGAGGAGGAACUCGAGUCCAGCCUUCACUUCUCAGCCUCAUUGGAUGACAGCACCCAUGUGGACCUGCGUUGGGUCCGCACCUUGGUGUUGCACACUCUGGAGCGGCUCCAUGAUUGUGGCAAAUGGGAAAGCCUGGCCCAUUUUGCUUUACUUUUCAACUCAUACACAAGGGAACGUUAUGUGUCGAUCACAACUCCUUUGCUCGUUCAUGCUCAGAGGAGGCUGCUUGAAAGGAUCAGUUGUUUUGGAGGACCUGCAGCUCCACAACCACAUCAUGCCAGGACACAGAAGGUCACUGGAGAGGAGGUGACUUACAGGAGCUAUGCAGGCUGCCAGCUUCUCUGUGGGUGGACCCCUCACCAUGCACAGCAACCGCCCACUCACAUAAAUUCAGAACCCGCAAACGCAUCUCCUCAAGAGGCAGUUGAGCUUAAAGAUGCAGAAAUGCAGAGCUCCAUGUCCCUGGUGUGUGUUCCACUGGAUAUAGAAGACACAUUGAGCUGUUACCAUCAGGCUUUUGAGAGAAGACCAGAUUGUCUUCGCGUCUUUCAGCACAGCCGCUCCUUACUGAUGCUGCUUCUGGCAAACACACAACCCUGCUUUGCAGCACAGCUGCAGGGUCAUUCUGAAAACCAGGUGGAUUUCAAUCCCAAUGUCAUGCCCACUCCAAGCAUCCAACCCUGUGAACUGACAGAGGAGGACUACAGUAAUCCAGAUGCUCUCUACGGCCUCCCUAUCAGCGCUGACCACUUGCCAACUGUCACUGCUGCAUACUCCUCUUCCAUUAAGUAUCUCCAGGCCAACAGUCAAGACUCCCUCAGAAUUCAGGCGCUGCAUGAAAUGGGAAACCUACAUUUCUACAACGGAAACAUACGGGCAGCACACUUGUCCUGGACUAAAGCUGUAGAUUGUGCCUUACAGAGCUCAGGGGCAGUAGAGAAAUGGGAUGGUUUGUCGUUUGGGGGUUGCUCCCUGCAAGAAACCCUGAAACAGGCUGGCAUCUGGGGAUGUCUACAGGCUGCUGCGCUCACUGCUAAGAUUGCACAGCAUAUCUUGACUUCUGAUAUCCGCCAGCGAACCAAAUACUGUCUUCUUUCAGCUCACCUCUUCAAGUGUGUGCUGUGCUGCUCCCUGACACAACCCCAAGAUGACCUCCUGUACGCCUCCUACAGCAUCGGAGAUGAACUGCUCCCUGGAGUUGACCUUUUCUCUGAACCUCACCGAGUUCACCUUGCUACCACUGUAACCAGCCUUAACUUUAUCUGCCACUGGCUUUUCACCACAGGCUACUGGAUCACGCUAUUGCCCAUGCUUGCAAUUUACCUACAUUUUGUGGGGACCGUUUGCAGAGAUGUCCAACGUUUUGUUGAGGGCAAAAUACUGAAGAUACAUGCCCUGACUGAACUGUGUCUUUACACUGACGCUGUAAAGGAGGCAGUACAGCUUACACAAGGAAUAGGCAUCCUUCUGCCUGAUGGACGCCACAUUGCCAAAGAUGAUCACCAACCUAUGAAGACAUUCUACAGCAACAAGUCUGUAAUGGACAAUGCUGAGGCUUUGGAAGAACUAAUGAACUGCGACUUUGCACCAGUGGUCCGAAAAUUGUAUGGAUCCACAUUAUGCCUGCGAUUCAACCUGGCUCGAGUUCAACUAGUCCUGGCACUCACUAACACCGUACCUGGCCCCUCUGUCUCAGAUACUGCUGUAAGCGAAGCUUGUGCCAGUGGAACAAGUAUUUCAAUAAACUCAAAAAGCAGUGAACAGAAGACACCUGAUGCUGAGAGCCACUGUCCGAAGACAGAAGAGACUAAAGUGCUGGAUCUCGAUACAGAGAAGAUGCUCACUCCAGGAAGCCUUAAGUUCCUUUUGUUAGAAGGAGUAUCCUCCUUGUUGCAGUCCAUAUCACAGCAGCUCACAUCACAGUGCUGUAGUGAAACAGAGAACCUGGAACUGGCAAUAGAGACUAAUCUUCUGAAAGCCAACCACUACCUGCAGCAAGGACAUGUUGAACUAAGUUCUCAGAUGGCAGUCUCAUCCUUGGCAUUGCUGCAAACGUCUCCUGGAAGAUCCAUAUUUGACUCUAAAACUUCAGAGCCUGAGCUCCCACAUCCCAGGACUGGAAGUGAACAGGGUACUAAAGAUUGCUGUGUGUCAAAUACCCUGCAUGGAGACUGUCCAAGAACAAUAGAGGCUAGUGAGAGAAUAGGAGUUUCUCUGUGGCUGCGUUGCCGCCUGGCUCUGGUCUGCAGCCUCACUGCACAAAGCUGUGGCACUGCGGCCCUUUUUUCAGGUAAGAACAUGAAUGAGGAAGCAGCUCGGUUGUUACAGGAGGGUCUUAAUGAAUGUGCUCGAUGGGGAGACACUGAAAAUCAAGCCCUUUUGAUGGUCGAAGCUGCAGAGUUGGAAGCACAGAGAGGCAACACUGAUGACAGCAUGGCACUACUUCAGGAAGUGGUGAGUCUGCUGUCAGGACGACCAUGCAUACCACCAAGGUCUAGUGUGACUCUGGCUCGGGCCACUUUGCUUUUCUGUGACCUGAAAAGUGCAGAGAGCACCACACUUCUAAAUGUGGCACAGAAACUACUGCAGAACCAGCUGUGUGUUUUUGGUGAGAAUGUCGUGUUGGAAGAUGGAAAUUUGUGUUUCCCUCCUCCCGGACCCUGCAACAUCUACCUCCCGUACCAUAGCAUCUUGGAUCAGAUCACUUUGCAAAUCACUAAAUGUAUAACUUGAUCUUUUUUCAUCAAUUUUGGUGGGAACAAGACAAAGCCAGGCGAGAACAUCUAUGGUUGUCUGUUAACAAUUAUUUCAGUAUUAAUAGGUCUUAUUCUCUCAAGUAUGUGAUCUUGCAUAUGUCAAGGGUGAUGACUUGAAAUUGCUUGGAUUUUUUUCUGACUAGUAAUUCAUUAAACUGUCAUUAAAGACCAAGAAACCA